AUGCAGAAAGCCAAGCAAGCCGUUGCCGACUUCGUCUCCCGCGAUGGGAAGCACAAGACCACUGUCGAGGAGGAUGUUCGUCGCGAGAUUACGGAGGAGCAUGUUAUGCCUCACCGCCAUGAGAAUGUCACGACCGCGAUCGACAAGGAGGUUCACCAGGAUCAUCACCACACUACUGUGCAGCCCAUUAUGGCGAAGGAGACACUUGCCGAGAAGCACACUCACAACAUUGUCCCUGUUGAGCACAAGACGUUCGAGCAUGGCAACGACAAGGAUGUCCGGGCCAAACUUGAUGCCGACGCUGCCCAGUACAGGGACACUUCUACCACUCACGACACUACUCACUCGAGCUCGGUCAAUCCCGUGGUUGCCGGUGAGCGCAUUCAUCACCAUGUGCACGAGCACGUUCAGCCCGUGAUUCAGAAGGAGGUUAUCGCGCCCCAGGUCGUCCACACAACCAUUCCCAUUCAUGAGACCCACCAUGCCGCGGCUCAGUUUCACGGAACCUCUGUGCUCCCCCCCAAGACACUUGAGGAGCUCAACAGCAACAAGGCCGGCCUGGACGGCAAGGGACAUUCCAAGGUUGAAUAUGAUGGGUGCCCCAAGUCUUACAACAGAGACUUGCAGGUCGAGCAGGGUGAGGGCGACAGAGAUAUGCACGCCCACAGCGGCGGUCUCGGCGGAGUCCUGAGCGGUACUCGCAAGCACAAGCACACUGGCUCUGCUGAUAGUGGCGUUGGUGUUAAUCCCGACACUACUGGUCUUCGCAGCGACAAGGCGGCACUCAAGAACGAGGCCGCCCUGCGUGAGAAUGCUUCUCAGCGUGUCUAA